UUUAGUCGUUUGGAAAUUGGUCUGGGCAUGUGGUCUGGUUCCUCAAAUCUGUUCUAUGUACGUGUGGUUCGUCAUCAAGGUUGAUCUUCUGGGUUGAAUGACCGCUCUGGUUCUGUAAAUCGAUUGCACGAAGAUCAGUGUGAUGACAUUUCUCAUCGAAUGAUCCAUAUUUCCCAGUCCAAAUACAUGUAUGUAGCUAAUCACUAGUGUUCGUAUGUAAGACCUUAAGGGAGGACGGAUCGAUUCGCCUGCUGAUGCCUGACAACGGGUCGUCAUGGAAUCCAGGCACAUGCGCCCUGAAGCUCAGGAUGUAGUAUUGUAAAAGGUGCCAGAAUUAUAUCUUUGCAUCUUGACCACCAAUGAUUUUCUGGCAAGUGAGUCCAAUGUACAUUCUUAGAACGGGUAAUUGAUUCCGAUGUAGCAGUGAUUUUAGAUACUUGAUACUUCGACAUUUCAAAUGAAAUAUAAAUGAAAAUUGUUCAACGGCUGCGUAUCUGUGUGAAUCACCCAAAGUCCCACCGCCAUCCGAUAUUCUCAUGGAAUGGACUAUAGACAUUUACCAGUAAUCAUAUACUGUUAUUCACUGGAAUUGAAUUGGAAUCAGGUCAUCCCCGACAUCUACAACAAAAGAUAUUCAAUAUAUUAUACCAGAUGAUUUGAGCCAGGUGCAAUAUGGCUGCAACCACGAUGCACUUAAUAAUAAUGCCGUUGACAACACUUAAGGCUAAAGGUAUCACACAUCACGCCGACGCCUCCACGUGGACGUAAAUAAGCCUGAAGUAAAAGAGGCCGUUCAGACUCAUGCAAAAUGAGGAUCGCGACAGAUCUCAAUUAAACUCUACUUCGCUAGUAAACGACACCUUUAGUACAACAUACGGCUGUUGCUAAGGAAACGGGUGUACCUUUCUGCAAGGACGAGUCUUGUUUGCGGAUAGUCGAUUUCUACUUCAGGAGUACUGAUUUCACGGAAGUGACCUCAUCAUGGAUAAAGAACUAAUAUCCCAACAGGAAGCGUCAGACUUCAUAGAUAAUGUUUUGAAUAUCAAGGUGGAGAAUUUCGAUGAAAGAACAGGGUUACAAUUUCUGAAUACAAUGAUAGAGAGAUUCUUUGAAGAGAUUCCAUUUCAGAAUCUAUACCUUUUAAGCAACACUAGACUACCAUCUUUUGAGGAAAUUAAGAGUAAUAUGUUCAAUAGGGUUGGAGGAAUCUGUUUUGAACUGAACAUGUUCAUGGGGCAGCUGCUACAAGCAUUUGGAUACCACGUCUACAUGGUCAAAGGUGUCGAGAACGGGGGCGAAGACAGUUUGCCACAUACGUUCCUAGUUGCCGAAAAUGUUGAGAAUGAGGGGGACGCAUAUUGUGUGGAUGUGGGAUUUGGUUACCCCAUGUUUUUCGCUGUUCCUAUCCAUGACCUGGCAGUGGGGGACCUGGAUACCAAAGGUUACGCCCUCGGUUAUUGGGCGUUUAAGUUCACAAGGGAAACCGAGGAUAGGUAUUGUCUACGAAGUUUUGACGAUAGCAAACGGCCUCAGGACGUUGUCGAAUUCAUGGAUAAUGUAGAAAUGCCAAAGCACCCAUCUUGGACAGAGGAAUAUUCGUUUUAUUUGAAGCCACUCUCCUACCAGGAGGCGUCUGUGAUUAUGGAACCAGUUUAUACCCUUCCUCUGCAAAGCUACUUCCUCGUAAAUUUCCACUGCGUAACGUUUCGCGGCAAGAAAGCACUGGCUUACAAAAACAUGGCGCUUCUGCGCGAACGUACGCACGACUGUAAACUAAAACUGCAAGAGGUGUUCUAUAGCCUUCCAGACUUGCAGGAAUCCAUCGUGGAACAUUUCACUGCGUUUGAUGAAGAAAUCGUCGAAGCAGCGCUGAAAAAUCUAGAGACAAACCAGGCGAAAUCACCGCAUCUCGUCGCUAAAGUGAACAAGAUGCGAAAACGCUCUAUCUGUCAAGAACGCGCAAUGUCCUUUACGAUCCAUGGAGACAUAUCGCCAUGAACUAGGCUUGUCAAUAGGCUACUGUGGCUUUAGGCUAGACUCCCGGGGGCAGUCUAUUUCGUCAUCCGUCAAGGAAGAGGCCGGUCCACUACGUCCGGGGUGAACUUUAGACAAGACUGAGGAUUUGCGACAAGACUGAAGAUUCGCAGAGGUGCGGCCUCCCAAUCGAUUGACAAUCAGCCAACCACUGAAAACACCAUUCUUUUACGUGUGUUGUCAGUGGGGGUGCAUUUGUCAGUCGAUGGGAUUGGUGGGGA